AUGCGCACUGCGCUCUCUCGCACUCUUCCAACACUCUCGCGGUGCUCGCGACCUUCAGCACGCACUGCAUCGGCACAAGCGCCAUGGGCUUCGGCUUGCUCCAUCAUUUCUAGGUCCACCUACGCUACGACGCCCGACUCUUCCAGACCACCUAACCCGCACAAAGAUUCGAACCACAUUCAAGCUCGCAGGCCCGAUAUCAGCGAAACCUUUCGACCGCCUCACCGGUUCCGCGAAUUCGAUCUCAACGGUCGCGUUUAUGCAAUUACGGGCGGCGGACGUGGCCUCGGCUUAGCUAUGGCCGAGGCGCUUCUUGAAGCUGGCGCAAAAGUGCACUGCCUCGACCGCCUCGAGACCCCUCACCCCGACUUUCAAGCGGCCAAGGAACACUCCGAGAACAACUACGGCGGCAGCUUACACUACCACCGAAUUGACAUUCGUAACGCCCGCGAAGUCAACCAGCUCUUCAACGAAAUUGCUGCCCAAGAUUCCCGACUAGACGGCCUGAUUGCCGCCGCCGGUGUUAACCACUUGGAGUCCGCCCUUGAACACUCCCCCGAGAAACUGCACGAAGUCAUGGACAUCAAUUACAACGGCGUCUUCCACUCGGCUACCGCCGCGGCCCGCCAGAUGUUUAACUAUCAGCAAAAGGGCUCCAUCCUGCUCGUCGCGAGUAUGUCUGGCCUCAUUGCAAACAAAGGCAUGACCUCUCCCGUUUACAACUCCUCCAAGGCCGCCGUCAUCCAGCUGGGCAGGAGCCUGGCCAUGGAAUGGGGCAGGCACGGGAUUCGCGUGAACUCGCUGUGCCCCGGACACAUUGUGACGCCCAUGGUUGAGCAGGUGUUUGCCAAAGAGCCAGCAUCGAGAGCCGUUUGGGAAGCAGAGAACAUGCUGGGACGGCUGGCGACGCCUGAGGAGUUUCGAGGUGCCGCCCUGUUCGCUCUGAGUGAUGCGAGUAGCUUCAUGACUGGAAGCACCAUGUUAAUUGAUGGAGGUCAUACCGCAUGGUAA